AUGUUUCGCGCACAACAAAAUGCAUUUGACGAUGCUGUCGCCAAGGCAACUGAUGAGAACUUAACCUCCGAGAACUGGGAAUACAUUCUUGAUGUCUGCGAUAAAGUGGCUGCAGAUGAAUCGGGUGCUAAAGAGGCGGUUGCUGCCAUGAUUAAGAGACUGGCUCAUAGGAAUGCUAACGUGCAACUUUAUACCCUUGAGCUGGGCAAUUCACUGUCUCAGAACUGUGGUCCUAAAAUCCAUCGCGAGCUGGCCUCGAGGAGCUUCACUGAUGCGCUUUUGCGUUUGGCAGCUGAUCGGAAUACGCAUCAACAAGUCAAGUCGAAGAUUUUGGAACGCAUGGAAGAAUGGGCUGAGAUGUUUUCAUCAAACCCAGACUUUGGGAUUAUGGAGCAAGCCUAUAUGAAGUUGAAGACCCAAAACCCUAAUUUGCAGCCCCCAUCCAAACCGGUGAAGAGCGCCAUCACAGAUACCGACAGACAGAAGGAGGAGGAAGAACUUCAAAUGGCUUUGGCUCUAUCUGUGAAGGAUAAGGCUCCUCCGCAUUCCUCUGCGCAGGCUGGAUCGUCUGCAGCGGCCGUGGCUGCCGCCGCAGCUGCGGCGCCGAGACCUGACACCUCCUCGCCUGCAGCUGAGUUCCAGGCUGCCCAGGCUGCUGUUGUAUCUGGACCUGUCCCAUCUGGUACAUCGGCUGCCACUGUAUCGAGGGUCCGAGCUCUAUUCGAUUUCCAACCCUCUGAGCAAGGAGAGCUUCAGUUCCGAAAGGGCGAUAUCAUUGCUGUUUUGGAAUCGGUUUACAAAGAUUGGUGGAAGGGCUCUUUGAGAGGACAGACUGGAAUCUUCCCUCUCAACUACGUAGAGAAGCUUUCUGAUCCCACCGUUGAGGAGCUGCAACGCGAGGCACAGAUGGAGGGCGACGUCUUCAGCCAGAUUAAGAACGUUGAGAAACUUCUUACGCUGUUGAGUACUCGCAGCUCCGACCUUAAUGUUCAGGAGAAUGAGGAGAUCACUACUCUUUACCAUUCCACUCUUGCUAUCCGGCCAAAGCUCAUUGAACUCAUUGGAAAGUAUUCGCAAAAGAAGGAUGAGUUCACUCAGCUUAAUGAAAAGUUCAUCAAGGCUCGCCGUGACUACGAGUCAUUGUUGGAAGCUUCUAUGGCUCAGCCCGCACAACCCUACGGACGUCCCGGUCAGCCACAGUAUGGCUAUCCAGGUGCUGCUCCUGGUGGACAUCCUCCACAGCCAGAUCAGCGAUACCUCAGUCCUCGGCCUCAAGAAUCCCAACCUCCGCAGUCUCAGCCUCAGCCCCAGCCAAAUGCAUACUACGGACAGGAGCAGAGCAUGCCUUUCCGCCCUGCAUCUCACUCUCCUGAUCCUCGCAACCAGUUUGCAGGAGGAGUUCCACCUCAGCAGCAGCCAACGCCGCAGCAACAACCUCCAUCCGACCCUUACCAACCGGUGCACCACCGUCCCCAGUCUACAUACGAUCACCCGCAAGAGCUAGGAACCUCUGUAUACGACUCGCCAGUGGAUCAACGACCUAGCUAUCCUCCUACCGGCCAAGCACCUCCAUCUGGUCUCCAGCAAUACCCCCCAUCACAGCCACCGCCAACACAGGAAUACUCUCCCUCGCCUUAUCCCCCAGCCGAAGACGCAGCGCAGCAAAUGCCUCCUGCAUCCCAAUACCCACCCCAGCAACAACCCCAGCAAACCCCUUAUCCAAAUUCUCCUGCCACUCAACAAGCCCCAUCCCACCAGCCUCCAUCAGUCCCUGGGUCAAAUCAGCCAGGAGCGCAGUACACAGCUUUUAAUCCUGCCCCUUCGGCUCCUCCAGGCAGUGCUGAGUACCAGCCAUACUCUCCUCCGCAAGGUGGAGUGCCUGCUUCGAACCCUGCUUCAUUCUACAGAUAA